GCCACAAUCGCGCUUCCGGUUAAGCUCUUUCUUUCCCAAUCAACACAUCGAGAUGGGUAUUAGCCGUGAUAGCUAUCACAAGAGGCGGGCAACUGGUGGUAAGAAGGCCGCCAUCCGCAAGAAGAGGAAGUAUGAGUUGGGCCGCCCCGCCGCCAACACCAAGAUCGGUGCCACCCGUGUGCACUUUGUGCGAACUCGCGGUGGAAACAGGAAGUUCCGUGCCCUGCGUCUGGAUGCCGGAAACUUUGCCUGGGCCUCGGAGGGAAUGGCGCGCAAGUGCCGUAUCAUCGACGUGGUGUACAACGCGUCCAACAACGAGCUGAUUCGUACCAAGACGCUGGUGAAGAACGCCAUCAUUGUGAUUGAUGCCGCUCCGUUCCGUCAGUGGUACGAAAACCACUACCUGCUGCCGCUCGGUAAGAAACGCGAGGUUAAGGCUGGCGAGGAGGACGUGAUCAGCAAGCCGCGCAGCAAGCACGCGAUGAAGAAGUUCAUCAAGCGCCAGAAGACCGCUAAGCUGGAACCAGCGCUGGAAGAACAGUUCAACUCCGGUCGUCUGCUCGCGGCCAUCGCCUCCCGUCCCGGACAGUGCGGCCGUGCCGAUGGAUACAUCUUGGAAGGCAAGGAGCUCGAGUUCUAUCUGAAGAAGAUCAAGAACAAGAAGUCCAAGUAAACAUCUGCCGUGUUGGGGGGAGGAAGGAGCGGUGUUAGGGAUAGCUCGUUGGGUACUGCCCAAAACUUCCUUGUGCGCCGGCACCAUCAGGCGCUGGGAGAGAUGUGUAAGUGCGAUUCAUUCCUCGUGGAUGCUUACACUGGAAUUUCCAUUUCCGUGAGCAACCAGCAGAGCUAAUGAAUGGUACAUCUGUGUAUGCUGAAAUGGAGGAAUCCUUUGAACAAUGAAAGGAAUAAAAAACACACAAACACGA